AUGGUUCUGCAGAGGCUCCUGGAGAACAAGCUGUAUGUCAGUCUGGAUAAAUGUAAGUUCCAUGUCCCCUCUGUGAGCAUCCUGGGCUACAUCAUUGCCAAAGGUCAAGUCAGGCCUGACCCAAUUAAGAUCGAGGCAGUCAUCAAUUGGCCAACCCCUAGCAACAGUUCCUGGGCUUGGCCAAUUUUUAACCGCCGUUUUAUUCAUGACUGCAGUAAGGUAGAGCUCCUACUUACCUACACCAAAUCCCCUUUCUGUUGGACCCAGGAUGGCGACAGGACUUUCACCAAGCUUAAGUCGCUCUUCAUGAGUGCUCCCAUCCUGAAGCACCCUGAUCCUUCCCUCCGAUUUCCUGCCUCGCCCAGCAACUCACCCACUUGCUGCUCGCCCUGUGAUACUCUUGGACUCUGUUCACAUGACCUGUUAUGA